GUCGCAUCACGUCCCUUGCCGACCUCGUCCGCGCGAUUGCUGUUGAGCAGGAAGGCCAUGACAUCGCAGCACCACUCCAAGAAGCACUGCUAGCUCUCCUCAUUGGUCACCCCGCGCAGCCUCAGCCACCCGCGCCCGAUGCUGCCGAUCCCUCUGGUCCUGCCGAGGAUCGGCCCGCCGAUGCACUUGCACCCGAUGCUGCAGCCACGGACCCGGACGAG